AUGAACAUGGAGUGUAAUGAGGAAGAAGCUAGAAGAGCAAUGGAAAUCGCUGACAAGAAAAUUUCAGAGAAUGAUUACUUCGGAGCCAAAAAAUUCGUUAACCAAGCACAGAAUCUGUAUCCAGAGCUUGAUGGUCUACAACAAGUCUUGAUGAUAAUCGAUGUUCAUAUCUCUGCAUCAACCGGAGGAAGAAAAAAAGAAACUUGUUGGUAUGAAAUUCUCGGAUUAGAUUAUGUAGCCGAUGAUGAAACAGUGAAGAAACAAUACAAGAAGUUAGCUCUUUUGCUACAUCCUGACAAGAACAAGUUUAAUGGCGCUGAAGGCGCGUUUAAGCUGAUCUUAGAAGCUUUUUCUCAUUUAUCCAAUCAAAAGAAGAAACCGAAAGAAAGUAAACAGAAUGAGACUGGAACGCGUAAACAAUCAAAGCCACACAAGCCAGCUUCAUCUACUAAGCCUAGACGACCUAAGCCUGAGUCUGAUUCUGAUUCUGAGUCUAAACCUGAGUCUAGGUAUAAUAAGCCUGAGCCAAAGUUUGAGCAUACUUUUUGGACAGUUUGCAACAGAUGCAAGACAUAUUGUGAAUAUGUGAGGGCUAGUUACCUUAACAAGACCUUGUCUUGUCCAAACUGUGGUUAUUAUUUUGUCGCGGAGGAGAUCAUUCCAGAGAUAAUCAAUGGGAGGCCAGUAAUCAGAAUGAGUCCUUCUGCUGUUACAUCUUCUUGUCCGACUUUGUUUUCUGAUAGCACAAAGGCGCACAAAAGAGUGACAAGAUGGUUUGAGCCUAAUCUUGAGUCUGAUUCUAUAUCAAGAAAGGAGAGAGUUAGUACUUUUACGUUUUGGACGGUGUGCAACAGAUGCAAGACGUAUUGUGAGUUAGUGAGGGCUAAUUUUCUUGACAAGAUUUUGCCUUGCUCAAAUUGUGGUCAUGAGUUCGUCGCCAAGGAGAUCAUUCCGGAGGUUGUGAGUGGGAGACCAGUUAUCAGAUUGAGUGAUAGUUUUCAAUCAGCAAGCAGAGGAAGAACUUAUGCUUCUUCUUGUUCAAGUUCAGCAUCUAAUUGCGCAAGGGCUGCAAAUCAAGCACAAAAAGGAGUAAAGUUUUGGUUUGGGAAGUAUUCAUGA